UUUCAUGGUGAUGUUCCUGGCGAUGAUCGUUUUGUGGUCGGCAUUGAUGUCACCGGCGGUGGCGUGUCCGCCGGACAGAAGUCAAUGCAAAGACUGCAUAGUCGAUCAAUUCAAGUAUGGCUGUCCAAAAUGUGUUCCGGUUCUACGGUGCAUGGCGAGGUGCUUGUGGGGUGGGACCUCCAAAGGGAAUUGUGUGAAGAGAUGUGAUUGCAAUGGUGGGAAGCCAACGCUCUCUGAUUGCAAGAAGUGCAUGUCCAGGUGCAAGUGCAGUUGUGUGGCCGCGGCUUAACGGACCUUAAGU